AUGUCGGCAAUCGCUGCUACAGCAGUCACUACAGCAUUCGCAGUUGGGGCAUACUCGGACGCAAGAUUCCACAUAAGCAAGGAUCUCAAAAAGUUAUGGCAACAGUGGCGGGCUAAUAAGGCGUAUUUGGCUGCAGUCAAAGAAAACAAAUUGUCCUUGUGGUAUUUGUUCGAGGAACAAGUCGAGAAAAGCCCUCAUUCUGAGUGUAUUUGGUCACAAACAGAGUCUUAUACACGGAAAGAAGUUUAUGAGCAAUGCUGUCGUUAUGCAAACUGGCUCCUGUUACAAGGGGUCGAGCCUGGCCAAUGGGUAGCAAUAUAUCUGCAAAAUUGUGCUGAGUUCAUGUUCAUCUGGAUUGCGCUUUGGUCAAUAGGUUGUGCACCUGCACUGAUCAACCAUAACCUUCGAGGCGAAGCACUACUACAUGUUCUGAAGAACUCCGGGUCAGCUCUAGUCCUCGUCGACGCACAGUUGGCCGAUAAGCUCUCAGAACUACACGAAACCAUCGAGAAGACCCUCGGGAUAAAAGUUUUCGUAGUUGGCGAUUUUCUGAAGAUGGAGAUCUCCCAGGUAAAGUCUGAAAGACCUGAUGAUUCUUUCCGUGCCAAUGUAAAAGGUGACGACAAUCAAGCCCUCAUUUUCACCAGUGGAACGUCAGGGAAGCCGAAAGGCGUGCCACAUACAGUAUACCACGGCUAUUUAUAUGGCAUCCAUGGAACCAAAGGGCUGGAAGUAGGAUCGAAUCAUCGAUGGUAUCAAUGUAUGCCUUUGUAUCAUGGAACAGGAGGGAUGGUGAGCAUCAUAUGUCUGCUUUCCGGAACGACGCUUUGCAUAGGGAGGAAGUUUAGCGCUUCACAAUUCUGGGAGGAUAUCCGAAUCUCGAGAUCGACCUGCUUUACCAUUCGCGCAAUGUUCGGAAAUGGUCUCAGACCUGAUGUAUGGAAACGCUUCCGAGACCGAUUUGGGAUACAAACUGUUGUGGAAUUCUUCGGGAGCUCGGAAGGAGUUUUCUCACUCCGAAAUUGCUGCAAAGGUGACCAAGGUGAUUACUUGAUCGGAGCUGUUGGUCAUCACGGACUUCUCCUAAGACAGAUGAUGCGUGAGAAGUACGUUCCAGUGCUGGUAGACACAGAUGGGGAUGAGCUUGUUCGGUCUUCGGUCACAGGCUACGUUCAGAGAGUUUCUUAUGAGACCGGCGGCGAAAUUCUCGUACAAAUACCGUCCGAGAAUGUAUUCCCAGGCUAUUUCUUAGAUCCAAUUGGGACUUCGAGAAAGUUUGCGCGCGAUGUUUUCUCACAGGGAGACCUUUGGUACCGGACUGGAGAUGCUCUUCGCCGGACUUCUGAUGGACGAUGGUUCUUCUUAGACAGGCUUGGAGAUACUUAUCGAUGGAAGAGUGAGAAUGUCAGCACUGCAGAAGUCAGCGCUAUUCUUGGCCAUUACCCAGGCGUAAUGGAGGCGAUCGUCUACGGCGUGUCACUACCUCAACAUGAAGGGAGAGCUGGAUGUGCAGCAUUGGUCCUUGAUGAGACAUUUGCAACUCCUUUUGAUUUUUUGAACUUUCAUGAAUACGUUUGCAGAAAGUUACCGCAAUAUGCUGUGCCUGUGUUUCUGAGACUGGGCAACAUCUCAACGCAUACCCACAACAACAAGCAAAACAAAGUACCGCUACGAGACCAAGGCGUUGAUCCUAGGAGGCUGAGUUCGGGUGACAGAAUUCUUUGGACAAAGCCUGGCAAUCCAGGCUACGUUGCCUUCACCCAGGAGGACUGGGAUCGGGUUGGAUUAUUACAGGUCAAGCUUUGA